CAUGACUCAAGGGAUCCUAAAAUCCAGACAAAUUCUUGAAGCAAAUACCCUCUUCAAAUGGCCACACCGAUGGCCUCGCCAAUUUUCACUCCCACACUUUUCUUUUCAUCACCCAGUACCACCAAAUCAACCAUCUAUGCCCUUUCUUCUUCUUCUUCAAUUCCACUCCCAAAAGGCCCCGGUUUUCACUUCUCUACUUUGGUUCCUCAACCGGGUCUUGGUCCUUUCUCCUCCUGGAAUGGUCUAAGGCAUCUGGGUAUCUCUGUUAAACAAAAAUCUCUCAAAAUAGGAAGAAAAGGAAGGUGCAAAGGGAAAGUUGUUUAUGCAUCUCUGUUUGGGGUUGGGGCUCCUGAGGCUCUGGUUAUUGGAGUGGUAGCUUUGUUGGUUUUUGGUCCCAAAGGUCUUGCUGAGGUUGCUCGGAAUUUGGGAAAGACUUUGCGUGAAUUUCAGCCCACAAUUAAAGAGCUUCAAGAAGUCUCAAAGGAAUUUAAGAGCACCCUUGAAAAGGAGAUUGGUUUUGAUGAGAUUUCAAGUUCAAUACAAGAUACAUACAGGCCCAGAACAACUAACCCUACCACCUCAACCCCUUCAUCAAAUGCUGGCAUUGAGGAUUCUGGGAAUGUGGUUGACCCUAAUGGUGCACCAUCCCUGAAUAAAGCAUACUCUAGUGAGGAGUACUUAAAGAUCACCGAAGAGCAGCUGAAAGCAUCUGCAGCCCAACAGCAGUCACAAACACCCCCUCCAGGAGAAAGCCAGUUGGAACCUCAAACUGAGCCUCUAGGUGCUGUUCAAGAAGGUGCUACUGCAAUUCCUCCAUCCAAGAACCCAAAAAGUGAGACCUGAAACCUCAUAAGUAAGUCUUUUCAAAAUUUCAAAACCAGUUGAGAAUCAGUCAACAUGAAGAGUUAGAUUCGCCGUUUCUGUUCUUCACUGCAGAAAAACUUCGACUCAACAUCAUCAUCUUCCCUGCUUGAUUGGCAAAGGAUGGAAUAUUCCGGUUGGGCAUGGCUUCCAGAUGAUCUCCUAGAACCCAUACUAAACAAUUUAGCCUCCAUAGUUGACUCUAUCAGGUUCGGUGCAGUCUGCACUCCAUGGCAUAGCCUUGCAGUAAAGAGCUUCCAGCGCCUCCCUGUCAAUCAAAGGCCACAUCUUCAACCCCCACCACUCCCAUGGCUGAUGGUUCUCAGCAAACCCAACAGCAAAGACAGCCGCAGUUUCUACAGCAUCACCCACCAAAAGCUUUCCAAAUUCCACCUCCCGGUCCCUCCCGAUACAAGGUAUUGCGGGUCUUCCCAUGGCUGGCUGAUCACUACAGACGAAACCAAUGCAGUAAGCCUCCUCCACCCAUUCUCAAGACAAGUCAUUCGUCUCCCUCCUCUCACAAGAUUGAAGAUUCCACAAAGAACUGUUUAUGGCUUCGAGUACCACCUCCAUAAGGGCGUCCUGUCUGCAAACCCGACUUCAAACCCUGAUGAUUUUGUGUUGAUGGUCAUAUACGGGCACGACAAGGGGUUAGCCUUCAUAAAAUCAGGUGAUCAGAACUGGGCUUACAUAGAUUCCAUGGUGAUGAAAGAUGACGUCCUGGACUCUCCAUACUUUCUUGACCUGUCAUUAUUCGGGUUCGAAGAUGUUAUAUACCAAGAAAGAGAGCUCCAGUUCUAUGCCUUGUCCUAUGACAGUCAGGUUCUGGCCAUUAAAACCAGUGGCAUAGGGAAUAUGGUUAAAGUUGUUCCUCCUUAUAAUUUUGGUUUUGUGCCUGCCUUCAAGCUAUAUCUUGUAGAAUCCCCCGAGGGAAGAGAUUUAUGGCAAAUUGAGAAGGUAUCAUUCUAUGAUAAAAGUAGUGGGUUCAAGGUUUUUGUGAUGGUAGAUCGGGAAACAAAGCCGGAGUGGGUUGAGGUGAAUAGCCUCGGAGAUGUUGCCUUGUUCCUGGGAGACAACGACUCCAUUGCUGUCACAGCUUCUCGGUUCAGUGGUUGCAGACCCAGCUGUAUAUAUGUUGCUUCUACUGAUGACACCUUGGAGAUGAACAUGGAGGAUGAGAGGGAAAGCUUUAGAUACCGGUACAAAUUGUGUGAGUUCAAUGUGGAGACUGGGAGCUAUGCAGAAAAGUGGGUACUGGAUAAUUUGGAUCCUUCGCUCGGUCUCAUCCCAUCCCCUGUUUGGAUUGAAUGUCUGCCAAUAUUCAAUUGAGAGGUGAAUUUGACACUUUGGUUCUA